CGGCGGCGGCGCCGCGGGAGCGGGCGGGCGGCGGGCGGCGGGCGGGCGAGCACACAUCCCGCACGUAGCAGGCGUAUUAAUCAGCGCGGGGCCAUCUGCCGCCCCGCUCCUUAAAGCGGGCGGGGGCUGGCGCCCGCCGCCGCCGCUCCCGCACGGCUCCCCAGUAGAGCAGGCUGCUCGCACGGCGGCGGCAGCUGCAGCAGUAGCGGCAGCGCGGGGCUCCGUCGGCGCCGCUGUCCCCGCGGUGCCCGGCCGCGGAGCUGAGCGCAGCCCGGGCGGCCGCCGGGGAAGUUUUGUCCCGGUCUGACCCGGCCCCGAGCGGCGGCAGAGCCCCCGCUGAGCUCGGCCUGGCGCCGGCGGGCGUCGCCUCCCGAGGCGUCCCCGCCGCGCCAUGCCGCUGGGGCACAUCAUGCGGCUGGACCUGGAGAGGAUCGCCCUGGAGUACGUCGUGCCCUGCCUGCACGACAUCGGCUUCUGCUACCUGGACAACUUCCUGGGGGAGGUGGUGGGGGACUGCGUGCUGGAGCGGGUGAAGCGGAUGCACCGCGACGGGGAGCUGGCCGAUGGGCAGCUGGCCGGCCCCAGCCGCGGCGUCGCCAAGCGGCACCUCCGCGGCGACCAAAUCAAGUGGAUCGGGGGCACGGAGGAGGGCUGCGAGGCCAUCAACUUCCUCCUCACGCUCAUAGACCGCCUGGUGAUGUACUGCGGGAGCCGGCUCGGCAAGUACUACGUGAAGGAGCGCUCCAAGGCCAUGGUCGCUUGCUAUCCUGGAAAUGGAACUGGGUAUGUUCGUCAUGUGGACAAUCCAAAUGGUGACGGGCGCUGCAUCACCUGUAUUUAUUACCUGAAUAAGAACUGGGACUCCAAGCUGCAUGGUGGAAUUCUUCGGAUAUUCCCAGAAGGGAAGUCCUAUGUAGCAGAUGUUGAGCCGAUUUUUGACAGGUUGCUUUUUUUUUGGUCAGAUCGAAGGAACCCACAUGAAGUCCAGCCUUCUUAUGCAACCAGGUAUGCCAUGACUGUGUGGUAUUUUGAUGCUGAAGAAAGAGCAGAAGCCAAAAAAAAGUUCAGGAACUUAACUGACGCAAGGAAAAGAGAAGCAGCUCUUAAUGAAGAUUAAUCAACUGUUUCUGAAGUUUCUGAACUUUGUGAAGAAAUAAGAUCCCAAAGAUGACUUCCAUUUCCAGUGGAUCAUGACACGUUCUUGUUAUGCACAAGAAUGCACUGGUUGUGUCUCUGUCUAGUGUGUGCAUCUUACAUUGACGGUACUUAAGGCAGCCUCCUGUCAUGCCCUGCAUCUGGCAGAAGGAACCCUUGUUUUCUGUUUACCUUUUGCUGGAAAAAAUAACCAGGGUAUUAAUUUAAAAAAAAAAAAAAAGGUAGUGGCUCAGCCAACUGGCUUUUGAUCACUUUGUAAGCAAGAUAACAAUCAUUGGAACUAGUGGGAAAAACCUGAGUCUUAUUUGCACUUUAUAGAAAAAAAAAAGAAAAAUCUAGCUCAACGGGAAGGAGCUUUACAAGUUUAUAAUCUGUGGCAGACUGCUGAUGGCAAGGAGAGAGAUUGGAAAUGUGAUACUAAAGUGGAUUUUUGUAGAGUGUCAUUUAUGGUAUGUCCUAGCUGAGCCUAUCGAUGGACUGCUCAUUGCUUUGCUGUGCAGAACGUUGGCUCAGCUCUCCUGUAGCAUGACUUUCCAAACAGACUUUUGUAUUCAGUCAUCGCAUUUCCUGGAGUUUGAUCACUUUUUUGAAAAGUCGUGUUAGAGCUGUGCAGUUGCACUGCCCUUUCUGUCCCAGGCUGGAGGGGGAAGUGCUUAUGCAUCUGUCCACAGCUUUGUAAAACCAUUUCCUUUCUGUUCUGAGCUGGAUUGGUUUUGUUUUCUAUUUUCACUGUUUGGUAAAGCAGCUAUUACCUCCCAAAAGUCUGAACUUGGAAGGCUGAUGGCACACAGUGUGUUGGCACUAAAGGCCAACAGUAUGCGGAGUUUGUCAUUUUAAUGAUUUCUCCAUCUACUAUAUCUUGUAUGACAGAUGUGAAUCUGAAAUGAAAAGAUGUCUGGCAGUCUGACAAACAUGAAUAAUGGUUGACUUAGACUUGAUUUCUAUGCUGCUUAUCCUUAGUUAACACAUUUGUUUAUUUUUGCAUGUGUAUGUAAUUUCAAUGAAACAGUGAUUCCGUUUCAGUUGGUCUUCUAUGCCAGGUAACUAUUUCUGUUAUGCUCAAGCCAUGAGAGAUACAACAGAUUAGAGUUAUUCAAUUGGCAGAGCACUUUUUUCCUCCAUUAUUUUUCAGAACUUAUUAACUCAGCAGUUGCUCAUCGAGUCCAUCUCCUAUCUGCCUAAGCUUCUACAACCAGCACUUACUAUGCAGUUCAGAACAGCUCUUAAUGAAGCUGAGAGCUAGCUGUGGAUGUAUUUAUCACUCACACUAAUUGUUCUCAGCCUAAUACGCUCACUGAUACACAUGCACUUGCAUUUAUUUCUGUCUCAGGUUGUCAGUGUACAUCAGGCCCUACUAUUCCAGAUCCCUUCUUUGGUGUCUUGUAUUUUUGUGCCACCUGCCCACAGUGGCAAAGGUGGUCUGCCCAAGCUGCCAGUCCCUGAACCAGUCCAGCACACCGUGCUGGUAACGGGCUUGAGUCUGUUGCACCUCGGCUAGGGAAUGAGCAGUAAGCAUGCAAUGGCUGCUAUUAACCUGUACUGACAGAAGGGUAACAGCUACAUAGGACAGAAAAGAAAUAAAUUCCUGGA